GCGCUUGAGAAACUGGUGCGAUCUGGGAACCCAAUCGCUGAAAGGUUGUAGUGAAAGCGAGGCCAGGAAUCCCACAAUACCAGGCGAAGGAGCUCCGUUUCGGGGCAGAGCUUGUGGUUUCAAUCAAAGGGAGAAAAAAAGAAAUGCAGAGAGAUGCAAGAUGGCAGAGCUGCAAAUGUUGUUAGAGGAAGAAAUUCCAGCCGGCAAAAGAGCCCUUGUGGAGAGCUACCAAAAUCUGACUAGGGUAGCGGAUUACUGCGAAAACAAUUAUGUUCAGGCCCAGGACAAGCGUAAAGCCCUUGAGGAGACAAAGGCGUACACCACCCAGUCCCUGGCCAGCGUGGCCUAUCAGAUCAAUGCCCUGGCCAACAAUGUGCUGCAGCUGCUGGACAUCCAGGCCUCUCAGCUCCGCAGGAUGGAGUCCUCCAUCAACCACAUCUCUCAGACUGUGGAUAUCCACAAGGAGAAGGUUGCCAGGCGAGAGAUUGGAAUUUUGACCACAAACAAGAACACGUCCAGAACCCACAAGAUCAUCGCCCCCGCCAACAUGGAGAGGCCGGUGCGAUACAUCCGCAAACCCAUCGACUACACCGUUCUGGACGACGUGGGGCACGGGGUGAAGUGGCUAAAAGCCAAGCACGGGAACAACCAGCCUGCCAGGGCUGGGACACUGUCCAGAACCAACCCCCCCACGCAGAAACCACCGAGCCCGCCCAUGGCAGGGCGGGGCACCCUGGGCCGAAACACUCCCUACAAAACCCUGGAGCCGGUCAAGCCCCCCGUGGUCCCCAACGACUACAUGACCAGCCCCGCCCGUCUGGGCAGCCAGCACAGCCCCGGCCGCACGGCCUCCCUCAACCAGAGACCCCGAACUCACAGUGGCAGCAGCGGGGGUAGCGGCAGUCGGGAGAACAGCGGGAGCAGCAGCAUUGGGAUUCCCAUCGCCGUGCCGACGCCCUCCCCGCCCAGUCUGGGACCGGCAGCCGUUCCCCAGGGGCCUGGACUGGGCCCCAUCCCGAUGUCCCAGUUCGGAACGAUAUCCCGCCAGAUCUCUCGGCACAACUCCACCACCUCCUCGGUGUCCACCGUCUCGGCCACCGGGACGUACCGCCGCGCCCCGUCCGUGACCUCUCAGUUUUCUGUGCAGCAGCCACACGUCAACGGUGGCCCCGUGUACCCCCCGAACACAAUGACUAUUGCCCCACCCCCUCCCCCCAUGCCCCAGUUGACUCCACAGAUACCCCUCACUGGCUUUGUGGCCAGGGUGCAGGAGAACAUAGCGGACACCCCGACUCCGCCACCCCCUCCUCCCCCCGACGACGUGCCCAUGUUCGACGACUCGCCGCCGCCCCCGCCCCCCCCGCCCGUCGACUACGAGGACGAGGAGGCGGCCGUGGUGCACUACAGCGACCCGUACGCCGACGGAGACCCGCAGUGGGCCCCCAAGGUCUACAUGGAGAAAGUCGUGGCGAUUUACGACUACUGCAAGGACAAGGACGACGAGCUGUCCUUCGUGGAGGGCGCCAUCAUCUACAUCAUCAAGAAGAACGACGACGGCUGGUUCGAGGGCGUCUGCAACGGCGUGACCGGACUCUUCCCCGGGAACUACGUGGAGUCCAUCAUGCACUACGCAGACUGAGCCCGGACGAAGCCAGGCUUGGCCUGAAAGGGCGGAGGCCAGCGUGCAUAUGGAUAUGACACAAUGUUUGUUCCUUUUAGAACCGCAAAUGAGAAGAAAAAAAAAAUCCUAUUGAUUAUUUUGUUUUGUUUUUUAUUUGAGGUGGGUUGUUGGGGUGGGGUUGGGGGAGUAAAGCAUACUAAUACGAUAAAACGGAAGUGCUUUACUGCUUGGAUUGUUUCGACCAAAACUAAGAGCGAAGUAGCUGUUGCACUGAAUGGAAGUGUGAUCAGAGCUCUGAAGCGCUACCCAUACAACGAGACAUGAACGAUGAUAUUCUAACUUCCGGUAUGAUCCUACGCCCUGUUACUUCAUUGUAUAUACUGUGAGCAGCUGCCAGUAGGUUGUCGUUAGCGUAUUCCUGUGAGUGCCCAUUGGUGUUUUGAAUGGCCUACACCACACGUGAACACAUCGAGUAGGGAUUGUUUUAUCGGUCAGGUUAAAUAGUCAUUUUCUGAUUCCUCUCCUCUCUAAUGUUGACAACAAACGGCAAGAGCAUUGACUUUCAUUUAGUUUUUUGGGUCCUGACUGCAGCCAGAUUCAUUUUCAGACAUUAAGACAUUCCUGCAAUGUAAUUAAAUAUCACGUAAAGCAUGCAUACAAAUGAAAAAAGAAAAGGUAUGAUAUAUGUACUUGUUCAACCAUUAAGCUUCCAUUGUGUGAUAUUUACAGUGAGCGCACUUUUGUUUACGGAAUGUGUCCGAUGCAUUUGUGGAGCUGUUGAUCUCAUUUUCUACAUGAUCUCAUUUGUAAUGAAAUGGCUGAUGGCAGAACUGAGAUGCCAUGUGGGGUCCGUGCUGUACAGGGUAAAUGAGAAGGGCGGUUGUACCAAACAACUGCUCUUCAAACCGCUUACAUUUCCAUGUCCCAUAUCCGAAGGACCUCACUGUGGUUUUACAUUGCUCAGAGCGUGCUUUACGUACUAAUCCCCAGUACACAGACGGCACGCUGGCUUUUCCUGCACCGGUGCCAUUCUCAACCAUGGUAAAUGCAGCCUGCUGUUUGCGCCGAGCCAGAAUGGCGUCCAGGCUAACGCACCAUUAGCCUGCUGCUGCCGACACUGCCAUACUCUGCUGUGCUAUUAAAAGGCAGUGGGCCAUGUGCGAUUGCAUUCAUCCCAGUACUGUUGGCCUGAGAAGAGGCCAAAAUGACUAGCUGGUAAACAGGCUCAACGUGGUAAACCUUCAGCUGCUUGUGUAUUGGGAUUUCCAUUUUUAUACAUUUUGACUGUUUAGGUUCAUAUCUCAGGUCUGUAAAGAUUUCUAAGACCGUCUGUCAUUCAUUUUGUACAACCAUUCUUGUUAAAAAAAAAAAAAAUGUGUGGACGCCUUCCACAGUGUGCAUUGAAUGAUUUGACAAAGUGAUUGCAUUAGA